AGCGAGGCCAGCAAUCGUUUUCAGACCUAAGGAGUCGGCGAUACACUCGUCACUGUGUUCGUAAUUCGCCCCCUUCCCCCGUAAAAUGAGAAUCUAAGUCAACCUGAUUGAAUGGCACCAGCAAUCCCACAGCCACUGAGGCCACUGUUUUGCGAGCACAGAACAACCAGAUUCCUCAUAUCUCGGAACCCUCCAGCUACAUGGACCUCACUGAAGAACAACAAUGUUACUGGUAGUUCUGCUAGACUCGCCCAUCUCCAUUUUCCUCACCAUCAUCUUGCUCAUCCUCUUCUUUCGCUUCGCCCUCGUCUUCUUCUUCCUUGUCCUCCUCUUCAUUUUCUGCUCCAACUUCGUUCACCUCCUUUUCGACAUUUUCUGCCUGUCAUGACCACUCCUAAGGCCGCCGCUCAUGACUCCACCCAGCCCUCAACCAAAACGGUGAGGGUUGUGAUAAAGGGGCAGGUGCAGGGGGUGUUCUACAGGAACUGGACGGUGGAGAAUGCCACCCAACUGGGGCUGAAAGGUUGGGUGCGGAACAAGAGGGAUGGCACUGUGGAAGCUCUGUUCUCUGGGAACCCGGAUCUGGUACAGGAGAUGGAGCAGAGGUGUCGCCGGGGUCCACCAGCUGCGGUGGUUACCAGGCUCGAGGUUUCUCCUAGCAGCGAUGAUCCUGGAUCUAGAUUCGAGUGCAAACAAACAGUCUGAUCAAUCUAUGUAAAAACAUAGUAGUCAUUGGCUGUGCUAGUGCGGCGGGAGUGUGAAACAUAUGGUCCAUAUAUAUGUACGUGUAUGUGCGUGUUAUCAGAAAUAAAAAUAGUAAGAAAGAAGGGAAUUCUCUUGUACACUGGAUGUAUACAUUUGCUAAUUAAACAUGUUUGGAUAACCUGUGUCUUUCUUCUUGUUGUUGGAUAUCUCGUUUGUACUCAUCUUCUCUGUUUUUUGAGCCUAUAGUGAGUUACAGACACAGUUCGAAAAGGUCUAGAGCGUUGCAGAUUCUUAUCCAAGACUUGUAUCAUUUGAUGAUGCCUUGUGAAUCGCUAGAAACAUGUGAAGUGUAUGGCUAGCCCAAUAACAAUUUUGUGUAGUUGAUUCACUAUGGAUGAAGCAUAUGUUAAUAAAUAAAACUCUAGGAACUUGUGGAAUCUAAUUAUUCAAAAUGUCAUAACAUGAAACUGGGCUCUUUCACUGAUGUGAAACCAUGUAACAGAUCAGAUUUCGCUUUUUCUUUUCCCAUUGUAGCUCGGUAAAAUCAUCAACAUGAGAUCUCAGUUGUGAUGAGGUGACUUUAUUUGCCAUUGUGGUUGAAAUCUUGUCUUUAUUAUCACUCUUUCUUGUUUUAUCCACUAAUUCUAUUCUUAUCUAGAAAUCUUCAAAUCUUGGUCAUAAAUUAUACACUCUAAGCCAGGUGGCAAUCAUAGAUCCCUGUUUACAAAGAUUUUUGCAAUAAUGACGUGAAAGAAUGAUCUCAGAUUAUACAUCCCGUCUAGUUUGGUUGGAUUUUGUGAUACAAUGGCAUGAAAUUUAUGCAGCCAUACAAGGUUGCAGUGCUUGUAAACCAACUUUGUCAAAUUUGUUAGGUUUUAUAUUUGUGUUGGAAAAUUCAUGUGUCAAGACAUGGUAUUUGGGUUGUAAUGUUUAGGUUUUAGUUAAUUAUUAAGUCAGUAUCAAAGUCCUUCCAAGACAUGAAAAAUUCAAGUUUUUGAAUGUUGUCCAACAAAGACCUAGUCAGAGUAAAACAACCAUAACUUUUUUAUUUUGAUGUCAGAUGAAAGCAAGCUUGGUGGCAUUGGAAAGCGGAUUCAAAGGGCUACAACUUUGUAUUUCAGGAAAAAUUUUCAAUUACAAUGUUUGCAGGUCAAAACAGGCUGUCCAGAAAAGUUUAAAAAUCUGUUACAAAGAGCCUUGCUCUUAGUCUCCUUGGAACGAGAGAACCUCCGAAUGCCUCGAUUGCAAUCUUGAUUGUUAUGCUCACUAUGAUUUUGGCAUUGAUAUAUAUGGAGUUUGGCUUUAAAGUUGAUAACUUUGCUAAUGUGAUUUAUGAGAUAUUCCUGAAUUGUUAUACCUUGGGGUCAAAAAUGUAUUUUUUCAUAAUUAAUGAGAUUGUGCUGGUGUGUGCUUACCAUAUUUAACUUAA